AUGGACUCUUCAACAACAUCGGACGUGGAGUCAGUCUUAUCCAAGACGUCUAGGCCGAACACAUCCGCACCUUCCUCCCCUCCCCGGGAAGAGUCGGUUGAGCCCAUUGACUCCGAAUUCCAGCGGCUUAUUGACGAAGAAACCAAGGCAAGGGCAUCCAACGAUGCAGCUGAUAGAAAAAAGAAAGCAGCACUCGCCCGCAAGAAGAAGAAGAAGGUUCAGUUCACCAAGGAAGAGAGAGAAAAGAAGGCUCGUGAGCUGGAUGAACUCUUGGCCAAGUCGGCGGCUUUUUCGGAUAUCUUGACUAGAAAGACAGAGGUUCUAGGCCGCGUUGGCUCAAGCCUGGAUGGCGAGACGUUGGGAGCGCAUAGCCUGACGAUGGCUACCCAACCCAAGAUUCUGACUGGUGGGACAAUGAGGGACUACCAGUUGGAGGGUUUAACUUGGAUGUAUGAGGUUUGUCUUCAAGGCAUGUCAGGAAUUCUGGCGGAUGAGAUGGGUCUCGGCAAGACGGUUCAGACCAUUUCUCUCAUCGCCCGCCUCCGCGAGGAGGAUUACCUCGGCCCUCACUUAAUUGUGGCCCCUCUCAGCACACUCUCCAACUGGAUGGACGAGUUCCAGAAGUGGUGUCCCACCAUUCCUGUUGUCCUCUACCAUGGUGACCCUCAGACGAGGGCCGACAUCAUGCAAAAUGAGAUCAGGCCUCAUCUCCGCAACGGCAAACCCAACAAGAAGUUCCCGGUGGUCUGCACGUCUUACGAGAUCGUCCUCAGGGAGAAGGUAGCCCUUAACAAGUUCAAUUGGGCAUUCAUCAUCAUCGACGAGGGCCAUCGCAUGAAGAAUUUCGAUUCAAAGCUGUUCCAAGAACUCGAGAAUUUCACCUCAGCAACCCGAAUGUUGAUCACAGGCACUCCACUUCAGAACAACCUGAAAGAACUUUGGGCGCUUCUGCACUUCCUACUCCCGGGCAUCUUCAAGGAAUGGGAAGUGUUCGAGUCGUGGUUCGAUUUUGAUGACCUGCAAGAUGAGGAAGGCACCGAGGAAUUCAUUGCCGACCGCAAAAACCAGGAAAUCAUCAAGAAGAUUCACGUCAUUCUCCAGCCGCUCCUGCUUCGCCGCGUCAAGGCGGAUGUCGCUGCCUACCUCCCGAAGAAGCGCGAGUACAUUCUCUUUGCUCCGAUGACUCGCGAGCAGACUGAUAUGUACAAUGCAAUCAGCGACAAGAAGGUCGACACUCGCGCCUUCCUCGAAGCUAAAGUUGUCGAUCGCUUGACUGCCGUCAACAAGUCCGCGGCAAGCUCCCGGGAGAGCAGCGCUGCGCCCAAGGUCAAGGCUGAGGAGGAUGUCAAGCGCAACAUUCCCAUUCGCAGCAGUGCGCGUAAAGCCGAGUCGAAGGUUGCAGCUGACUCCCCAAAAGCGAAUGCCUUCUCUGCCAUGAUGAGCAGAGCUAAGAGCUCCUCUUCUAAAGCGAAGCCUACCGCGAAGGAGACGCCAUCGAAAACAUCUUCCCGGUCUAGCUCGAAGCGCAAGGACCCUCCGACAUCCGAGAGCCUGCCGUCGAAGAGCGCGAAAUCCUCUCGCCAGUCAACGCCUUCCGUCAGCAGUCGCGGUCGCGCCACCCGAGGUCGUCGGAGGUAUGCGGAGACAGACCCGGACGACGAGGACAAGCUGUCGGAUGAUGAGUUCGAGGCUCGUUUAGCCAAGGAAGCAGAAGAGGAAGACCAGGACGAUGGUUCAGUCGUCUUGUCGCCUGAAGAGCAGUACAGGCAGAAGAUUAUGGAGCAUGCGAAGAAGGAAAUGGCUACGAAGAAGCUCGGCAACCCUAUCAUGCAACUGCGUCUCGUGUGCAACAGCCCGCACAACUUCUUCGAUCCCUGGAGCUACGAGGGUGCACCCCCAGUCGACGAGUCCAUCGUCACGUCGUCUGGCAAGAUGCUUCUUCUUGACCGUCUCCUCCCGUCGCUUUUCAACAGAGGCAGCAAAGUCUUGAUCUUUUCACAGUUCAAGACUCAGCUUGACAUUCUGCAGGACUACUGCGAGCUGCGGAAAUGGAACGUUUGCCGCCUUGAUGGUUCCGUCAGCCAGGAAAGCCGGCGAGAUCAGAUUAAGGAGUUCAACGAGAACCCGGACUUCAAGCUUUUCCUGCUUUCAACCCGCGCAGGUGGACAGGGCAUCAACCUAGCAAGCGCCGACACAGUCAUUCUCUUCGAUUCCGACUGGAACCCUCAGCAAGAUCUCCAAGCCCAGGAUCGUGCCCACCGCAUCGGCCAGACUCGGCCCGUCGUCGUCUUCCGUCUCGCCACCAAGGGCACUGUUGAGGAGGAGCUGCUCCUGAGUGCUGACGCCAAGCGACGCUUGGAAAAGCUCGUUAUCAAGAAGGGUAACUUCAAAUCCAUGGGCCAGAAGAUGGACUUGAAGGAAGAUUUGGACAAGGAGACGCUGAAGAGCUUGCUACUGAAGGACGGCCAGGUAUUCAAGUACUCUGGCAGCCACGAGAUUCUCAGCGACAAGGACCUAGACGUUCUCUGCGACCGGAGCGACAGCGCGUACGACCGGGCGGCCGAGGGCUCCGGAAAUGCUGAUGGCUACAAGGUCAUUGAGACCGGCUCUGACGGCAUCACACUAGCUGGACAGGCCAAUGCUUGA